GGCAUCCAUAGCAAAGCUCUUUCAUUUCGAAUUGUUCCCUAGUAUUGGGCUAAAACUUGUAUACUGAGGGUUGAAUGAAGCACAUGAAUGGACAGAGCAUACAGUGGAGAGGAUGGUGUUGCUGGACAGCUUGUGUGUGUAUGUGUGGCAGGGGAAAUGACAGCCAGCACUUCUGAGGAGUACCAUGGGUACAAGUGUAGCUGUACAUCCUUGUCCAAACAGAGGAGAAUGUAACCUGGUCUCCAUCUUCUCUGUUCAGCAUCUCUCUGCCCCUCUAGGGCCAGCCUAUACAGAUUAGUAGGCUGGGCGGUGCCUCCACACGAGUUGUUUCUAAUGAGAUGUGGAGACAACAAGGAAAGAACUCUUGUUGAACAAGGUGCUGUGUUGAUACCGACUUUGACUCACCCUGCAGUAUUGGAAGUAACUCUUCAAGCUUUCUCUGGCUCAGUUGGCAACAUUAAGACCUGCCUCUGCCUGGAAGUACUUAUGUAAGAUCACACUGGAAUAACUCUGCAUGAUGUCACGGUGUGCCAGGAUGGGAAGCCUUGCUGAUGGUGCUGAAUUUUAAGCUUGCAGCUGGGUAUGGAGAGCCAAAGAACUUCCGUUCUCCACAGAGUGGUCAGUUUUGCCCCCGAUCCUCUCCCUGCUAGGCAGUAUGACAGACACACCACCGAGCCAAUCAGCUUCUACCUCUCGGGCUUGGAGGAGCUCCUGUCUUGGAAAUCCACUUCUGAUGAUGCUUUCAACAUAUCAAUUGAGCCAUUAGCUAAACGAAAGCCUCUGCUUGACAGCAACAGGCCCCGUACGCUGGUGUGCCAUGACAUGAAGGGAGGCUACCUUGAAGACAGAUUCAUCCAGGGAUCAGAGGUCAAUGACCCUUUUGUGUUCUACCAUUGGCGCUAUAUUGACAUCUUUGUCUACUUCAGCCAUCACACAGUUACCAUUCCACCAGUAGUCUGGACCAACGCUGCUCAUCGCAAUGGUGUCCUUAUGCUGGGGACUUUCAUCACAGAGUGGACGGAUGGUGCCAAGAUCUGCGAAUCGUUUCUGGCAGGCGAGGAGGAAGCGUAUCGCUCUGUGGCUGAACAGCUGGCUGCGAUUGCACAGUUCUAUCAAUUUGAUGGCUGGCUGGUCAACAUUGAGAAUACUUUGAGUGCGGCAGCUGCACGGAACAUGCCACACUUUUUGCGACACCUGACAGACCGGGUGCACCAAGCUGUGCCAGGAGGAAAGGUGGUGUGGUAUGACAGUGUCCUGAGGAACGGAGAACUCAGCUGGCAGAACGAACUCAAUGAUAAAAACCAGGUUUACUUUGAUGCUUGUGACGGUUUCUUUACUAAUUACAACUGGAAGGAGGAGCAACUGCUGCAAACGAGAGACAUGGCAGGCGAGCGUCGGUGUGACGUCUACGUGGGGGUGGAUGUGUUCGGCCGUGGUGAUGUUGUAGGUGGCGGCUUUGAUUCUAACAAGUCUCUACGCCUGGUUCGUCACCAUGGCCUUUCUGUGGCUAUCUUUGCACCUGGCUGGGUGUAUGAGCACUUGGGCGCUACGGACUUCCUGCACAACGAGAACAAAUUCUGGGGCAUGCUGUCUGAAUGGCUUCCUACUCAUAGUAUUGACUCCCUUCCCUUUGGUACCAGGUUCAGUCUAGGCAUGGGUAAGAAGCACUUCAACAAUGGACAGGAGAAUGGGACCAAACCGUGGUACAACUUGAGUGCUCAGGAGGCCCAGCCCCUCUACACAAACCACCGGGUGCCUACUGGUGGCUGGCUGCGGACCCGCUGCUGCUUGGAGGAUGCUUGGAGUGGGGGUAGUUCCCUGGUGCUGGAGGGGGCAAUCCCACCCAGCGCUAAGCAUGUCACAGCAAGGCUGUUUUCCUUUCAGAUGCCGGCACCUCGUAGACUGUACCUUGUCUUAAUUUAUAAAUGUGAAGGUCCAUCUCAAGCAGUGACCGUUGCACCGGAGCUGACAACACAGGAGUCACACACCUGUUAUAACCUUGAUUUAUCUGCUCGAUCUGCAGAACCAACCCGGCAUAAACCCUCACGCCUCCUCACGCCUCCCCCCCACCUGGCCCAGUUGAUGAGAGGUUGUGGACAGCAGGGGGAUCCUGGUUGGCAGGGCCGAUGCUAUGAGCUGGAGCUCCAGAACUGUAUCCUGCACGAGCUUUCAGUUGCUGUCUCCCGUCAGCACAGAGGCCAGGAUGAAGUGCCCUUCACCUACCGCCUGGGUGAAAUCUGGGUGCUGGAUGCUGCCCACCUGCGCUCAUCGCUACCUGCUGCUACUGGCGGUCUAAUGUCAUCCAUUGAAGUGGCUCAUGUCCAGUGGCAUCGCCCUUCCUCGGAGGAGCUCUCUGUCAGCCUCACCUUGCACUGGACCUAUCCUCCUAGCGAAGCCAAGUGCUUUCGUGUGCACUACCGCAGCGGGUCGUGUGUUCAAAAUCCCGAACCCCCUCUGAUCCAGAUUGGGGAAGCUCAUGCAACCUGUUACCGCAUGACUGGUCUGCGGGUGCCCGACGUUCACUCUGAGGCUUCCUGCCACUUGGAGUUCCUUGUGGAGCCAGUGCUCCAUGAUGGGAUACGGGUAGCUGCUGCCAUGUGGGGAAAACUCCUCUUUGUAUACUCUAACCCAAAGCUGCCCAGCACUGGUGGCACUCCCAAUCCUCGGUAAAUUAACUUACCCGCCAGACUCUAAAAUAAAAAGAGUAAGAUCCUGUCUCAGAGCUGUGAUAUGAGGGGGCCUCUUAAGUGGUGAGAUGGUUGGGCAAGCAGUAUUAUUCCUGUUCUCCAGCUUCAGAAUUGCAGCUGUUUGGCCCUGACACCGUGUACCCAAAGAUACCUUCUGAUUGUGUCACUGUUCUAGUGCUAUAGUUAUCCUAUACCAGGAUAAUGAUUUUCAGGGAAAUAAACCCUGACAAAGAGUGUUACACUAUACUUUGGAGUCAGGGUGCAGAAUUACACGCAAUUUGACCACAUUCAGAACAAAAAGGGGAGUCUUCUUGUAAACUUGUGUGUUGCUCAGGAAAAUGCAUGUCCAUCUUCAGCCUACAUCUUAAGAUGUCUGUUAUUCCUGCAAAGGUAAUUCUGUUGGUGCAGGAGAACAUUGCAACAUUGUGUUGAAUAUUUUUUUUUGCCCCUCUGAUGGGCAGAAGGCUGUCCUGCUUCUGAAGGAGUGCUGCUCCAGCAUCCGAUCACCUUCGAGAAGGAGGAUGAAAUGUUGGCGGGAACAUAGGGGAAGGGGAGUUUUGUUCAGCCUCAGGGAGAGAGCAGUGGCAACUCAGGAAAAAGAGCAGACAGACUGAAGGGUAGCUCUGCCAGGUGGUGUGGCAGAGUGGUUUUACUUUCUCUCUGGGAGAGAAGAGACUGCUCAAUUGUUAAGCCUGUCUCUGGUGAUGAGCAGACCUUGAACCUUUUAGUCUGACUUGGGGGGAGGGGGGGCGGGAGGAUAGGCUGGUGUGGGUCGAACCCUGUGUGUGAGACAGGACCCAGCCUACUGACAAGUCAGUAAAAAUCUGUUUGUGCCUAAAAGCAUAUUAGAAAAUCCAACUAUUCUGUGAAAUCAUAGCCAGUUAAAAUUUUUGUGCCUCAGCCAGGUUUCUAUUUUGUCUACCUGGUGGCCAGUGCUGCUGGUUUGUUCCUUUUAAGGCAACCAAUAAAUAAAUGCAUCUUCUUAAUUGCUUAUGUAUUAAUCCAGCCUCAGUGAUCUUAAUAAUCUUCUUGUCCAUCACAGUGAACCCAAAGCCUAUACACCUGUAGAACAUCUGGAAACUGAGGGGAAGGUUUAUAGUUCAAAUUGAAUCUUGAUCCCAAAAUCUUGAAGAGUACUGUGUGCUUCCCCUCAGAAGGAACAAAAUGUUUGUCACAGCCCCCAAAAUGUUAAGACUUUUCAGUCAUGACCUUCAGUUAGUUGUUUUUCUCUUUGUUGUCCCAUUAUGAUCAGAAGAGGGAAGUGCUGGCACUCUUGGGUGGUUUCAGAUGGGCAAUCGUGUUGGUCCACAGUAGAAAUGCAAGAUUCAAGACUAUAGCACUUUAAAGACCACAAGAUUUCUGCGGUAUAAGCUUGGAUGUUCUUACACAGUUGAGUGCAGCCCUGCUCUUUCCUCACUUUAUAAAAUCACUUUUCAUUCAAUUUUACAAAAUCAGAAACAGACAGUAUAGGAAAAUUAAUAAUUGUUCUGUAGGUGUCUGUUGUUACUAUGAAUUCAUUCUGAACCACAGAGCUCAGGCUGGCAAAUGGUUUUUCCCUUCUCCCAUGUUUGCUGUACAACAGGGGUCUGCAACCUGCGGCUCUCCAGAUGUUCAUGGACUACAAAUCCCAUCAGCCCCUGCCAGCAUGGCCAAUUGACCCUUGCCGUACAACCACCUUAGGAGUGAUUGACUUAAGUGAGCUUUAUGACAGCAAGGUUCUAAAAACAGGUCUCCCUCAUACAGAACUCCACUUACAAUUGAAAUUCUCAGCCACAGCCCAUGAAAUCAACAUUUUUUCAUAAACUUAUGCAACUUUACAAAUUAUAGCUGUGUUGAAAUUUUUGUCAUUUUGCUACUUUACUUCUCUGCAGCAGCUAAUAAAUUCAUGAUGAAA